UCGCUGCUCACGGGCGGCGCGCUGAUGCCGUACCAGCUGAAAGGGCUCGAGUUUCUGGUCAACUUGUACAACCGGCGGCUGAGCUGCAUUCUCGCAGACGAGAUGGGGCUCGGCAAAACGAUUCAAACGAUUGCGUUCCUCGCGUACCUGCUCGAGUUCAAGCGCAACUGCGGCCCGCACUUGAUCGUCGUGCCGCUCUCCACGCUGCCGAACUGGGCGAACGAGAUGCAAAAGUGGUGCGCGACGCUGCGCGUGCUGCAGUACCGCGGCUCGAAAGAGGAGCGCCGCUCGCUCAACCUGCUCGUCGCGCGCGGGCGCUUCAACGUGUUGCUGACCACGUUCGAGUACCUGUUGCGCGAGCGCUCCAGCCUCGCGAAGCUCAACUGGAAGCUCGUCAUCGUCGACGAGGGUCACCGCAUGAAAAACAGCAGCUCGAAGUUCCACAGCACGCUCUCGGAGUUUCGCUCGACGCACCGGCUGCUGUUGACGGGCACGCCGCUGCAGAACAAUCUCAGCGAGCUCUGGAGUCUGCUGAACUUUCUGAUGCCGCUGACCUUCAACUCCAACGAGGACUUCGAGCGCUGGUUUGAAGAGCCGUUCAAAGACCAGCUCGUGGACCGCGACUACGUCUCCAUGAACGAAGAGGAAAAAAUGGUGAUCAUUAACCGGCUGCACUUGGUGCUGCGGCCGUUCCUGCUGCGCCGCGUGAAGGCAGACGUGCUCGCCGACUUGCCGCGAAAGCGCGAGUUCAUCGACCUGUUGCGCACCUCCGGCAAGGUCGAGUGCCUCGACCGCAUGCUGCCGAAGUUGCUGAAGUUCAACCACAAGGUGCUGAUUUUCAGCCAGAUGACCAACGUGAUGGACAUUUUGACGGACUACCUGAAGCUGCGCGGGUUCAAGUUUCUGCGGCUGGACGGCAGCAUGAGCAUGCAGGCGCGCCAAGAGCGCAUGGACGGCUUCAACGCGCCGAACGGCGACGUGAACAUCUUCAUUCUGAGCACGCGAGCGGGCGGGCUCGGGCUGAACCUGCAGACCGCGGACACCGUCAUCUUGUUCGACAGCGACUGGAACCCGCACGCGGACCUGCAGGCGCAGGCUCGCGCGCACCGCGUCGGGCAGAAGCACGAGGUCCGCGUGUUCCGUUUCGUCACGUUGAGCCCCGUCGAAGAGUCGAUCCUCAGCAAGGCGAACUUCAAGCUGAACCUCGACGAGCAAGUGAUC